GGAGCAGAGUUAGCGGCUGGUCACGUCGUCGACCGAUGGAAAGCCUGCUCUGUCGUCGUCUGUCCCUUAAAAAAAGGUACUCGCUCCUGCUGUGUUUGGCUAUCGGAGCGGUGCUUGCUUAUCAGCUGACAAGGAGUCGUCCAGUAGGAAGAAGAAUGAGCCGCGUGGAGGGUCUGAGGGCCAACUCGUCUCAGUUCACUCUGGAGAGAAAACCCUUCCGCAUCCUGGGGGGCUCCAUCCAUUACUUCCGAGUCCCCAGAGCCUACUGGGAGGACCGUCUGCUGAAGAUGAAGGCCUGUGGCCUCAAUACUCUCACGACGUAUGUGCCGUGGAACUUGCAUGAGCCUGAGCGAGGGGUGUUCAACUUUGAGGACGAGCUGGAUUUAGAAGCCUACCUCCGCCUUGCAGCCAGCCUGGGCCUCUGGGUGAUUCUCCGUCCUGGGCCGUACAUCUGUUCCGAGUGGGAUUUAGGAGGACUUCCCAGUUGGCUGCUACGGGAUUCAAACAUGAAACUGAGGACAACCUACCCGGGGUUCACUGAAGCGGUCAACUCCUUCUUUAAUCAGCUCAUUAAGAAAGUUGUUCCACAUCAGUACUCCAAGGGGGGCCCAAUUAUCGCAGUUCAAGUGGAGAAUGAAUAUGGCGCAUAUGCCCAAGAUGAAGAGUACAUGGCUUUCGUCAAGGAGGCAUUAUUAUCAAGGGGCGUCACAGAGCUGCUGCUGACCUCAGACAACAAGGACGGACUAAAGCUUGGAGGAGUGAAAGGAGCGCUAGAAACCGUCAAUUUCCAGAGACUGAACCAGGAUGACAUUAAGUAUCUGGAUGGAGUACAACCGCAGAAGCCUAAGAUGGUGAUGGAGUACUGGACUGGCUGGUUCGAUCUUUGGGGGGAGCUUCAUCAUGUGUUUGCAGCUGAGGACAUGGUAGCUGUGGUCACAGAGGUCCUUAAACUGGACAUGUCUAUCAACCUCUACAUGUUCCACGGAGGGACAAAUUUUGGCUUCAUGAAUGGGGCAGCUGCUGUUGGAGUCACACUACCUAAGCCGAUGGUGACAAGCUACGAUUACGAUGCUCCAUUAUCCGAGGCUGGGGAUUACACCACCAAGUACCAUCUUCUGAGGAAUUUAUUCAGCCUCUACCACACCCAGCCUCUCCCUGAGCCACCCUCUGUUCAGGAGAGGAAAGCGUACCAGCCUGUUUUCAUCCAGCAGCACCUGUCUCUGUGGGACAGUCUGCAUUUCGCUGACAAGCCUUUGAAGUCAGAGCGGCCGGUGAACAUGGAAAAUCUGCCUGUCAACAAUAACAACGGUCAGUCAUACGGCUACACGCUGUACGAGACCACCAUCACCAGUGGGGGGAACCUCAACUCGGAGAACAACGUCAGAGACAGAGCAGUGGUGUUUGUGGACAAACAUUUUAUUGGUGUUCUGGAUUACAAGACGCAAGAACUUUCUCUUCCUGAUGGGAAGGGAAAGAGAACUCUAAGUUUACUGGUGGAGAACUGUGGAAGAGUGAAUUAUGGGAAGACCCUGGACGAGCAGCGCAAAGGUCUUGUUGGAGAUAUCAAAUUGAACAAGCGCGUCCUCCGAGACUUCAUUAUUCAUAGUCUGAGUAUGAAGCCAGGCUUUGUAAACAGACUUGAGAGUUCACGCCACUGGACGUCUAUGCGUCAGCGGCCCUCCCCCCCAGGUUAUUUCCGGGCCAGUCUCUAUCUGAACAGUUUUCCUAAGGACACCUUCAUCAAACUCCCUGGCUGGAGCAAAGGUGUAGUGUUCAUCAAUGGCAAGAACCUGGGACGAUACUGGUCCAUCGGCCCUCAGCAAACUCUCUAUGUCCCUGGACCCUGGCUUCACCGGGGGGACAACCAGGUCAUAGUGUUUGAAGAGCAGGAAACAGAUGGCAAGAUUCAGUUCACCAGCAGCCCUGACUACGGCAUGUCUGUCGACGUCUAGUGAGGACAGGAGGUGAGAGGCGAGUGUGGAUGAGGACGGGAGGAUGAUGGGUAGAGUAGCUUGGGAGGAGACGACUGAGGCCGUGAGCUACCGGGGCACCGACGCCCUGCCGCGACCAGCAGCUCUACAGGAGUCACACACGUCAGUGAACGCGACAUUUUGUUUCGACACAACAGCAGUGAUCCUGAAGACCAGAUUUUUCAUUCAGUGACUGUAUUCAAGACAUUCUGUUCAACCUGUAAUUUGAUUAAGUAACAGUUUCAUUAACCUGCACUCGCAUACUGCUUAACUGGAGACCAAAGAACUGUGACAGAGGAUGGAUCGUGUUGAAGUGUUUUAAAAUCUCCUACAGGUUCUUUUGACAUAUAUACAGGUUGUGUAAAAAGAACAAUGAAUAAAGGCUGGUUUGACCUUUGUGUCAGUAGCUAAGGAUGCUUUUGAACUGCUUUAUUUAUCCUGCGCUCAGAGCCUGUUUGAUAUAACACUGGUUGCUUUUCCUGUAACUUCUUUAUGAUGGACUGUGAGCUUGUGCAGAGAACCUGUGAUCACACACUUUUUGGAGACAUGUUUCCAAAAAGUCGUCUUUUGUGUGGUAGCACAGCCUGGAGACCAUCACAGUUAAAGACUGAUGCCACGCUGACACUCUGCCAUCACACCUGAAAACCAAACGGCAUAUUUUGAUUCGCAGGAUUGUGUGGAGGUGCGGGCUUGUUAAAUUUUUCUUUUGAACAUAACCACCUUGAAAACAAUUCCUCUGAUUCUCUGUCUUGUUCUCUAAUGCACGCCCUGUCUUCAUUUGCGGAGGAGGAGGAGGCAACUGCGGAUGGUCCUGCAUAAUAUAGCUGUUUAAACUGCACACAUAUUCAACAACAACAACAACACAGUGAACAGACACGGUUGAGGUUCUUCUCAGUUAUUUAUUUCUCUUGAUUCAACUAACAUCUUUCUCUGAGACAGAACUGCUGUGGCAAAUAAACAACCUUAAGAGUCACAUGCAUAAAAUGUGAAUCACAUGAGGCUGGAAGAUGACGGUGGAGAUGAGGAAAAGGUAGGACUUAUGUGUAAAGUGUAUUGUGCCUUUCGAGAACCCCUCAGAGGGUAAUGCUCAUUGACUGACAUUGAAUACGGAAUAACCUGUACUGCUGUAGUUGAUGUAGGUUGGUGCUAGUAGGCUAAUUCUUUUGAGUGUUAGAUAUUGCUUAAUACGUCAUCCGCCGGACAGUUUCAAAUCAGAUGUCAGACAAAGUUGUAGCAACGUUUUUUUUUUCCGGGUGAAGCCCUUUGAAUUGUUCUGCUGCUUCAGGACACACCACAAGUCAUGUAAUCUUUUUCAGGAUAAAACGUGUCAGCACAAAAAUUAAAAAAAACAAGUUAAGAUGAUGCUCAAAUUUAAUCUUUGACACACUGGCAUUUUUCCAUUUGGGAUUACAACUCUUUCAAUUUCUUUCAGUGCUCAAAACAUUUCAGAUGGAUGCUUUCGUUUGGAUUAACAGCUGAUAACGACACACAGGUAGACUAAACAGCGAUGCUAUAAAGAGGAUGGCGUGUGUGUGCGUUUGUGUGUAUGUGUGUGUGUGUGUGUGUGUCUGUCUGUCUGUCUGCCUGUUGGUAGCACUAAAGUCUUACUGAUCUAUAUGACAAUCCAUGUGUACAUUAUACUGUAUGUGUGCAUGCUUAUUUUUUUUGACAGCAGUUGGAAAAUACAGAUUUUAGGGCAAAAUGUGACUCAAUCGCACAUCCACACUUGAAAUAAAUACAUAAAUAAAUAUAUUAAAUUUGAUUUUUUUUUUUAAAUAAAUAAUGGGAGGCAGGUUGAAGAAAUAGAACAAAUCCACAGAUCGUCUGUGAUCUCCAUGGCCGAUCCCUGUGCAGUGUAAUAUCAUGCAGUCGAUGAAAAAACAGCCGGCUUGAUGAGAGAUACAAUACAGCUAUUGUCUGAACGUGUAUCUUAUCUUAUUCCAAGUGAAAUAUGUAAUAACGAGUUUUCUUCAAACUGAUGAGCCCGAGAGGCUGUAACGUCUUUGUAAGUUUUCAUACUGCAGCAGUGUAUUUUGGACGUUGGGGGGGGUGCUUGGAGAUAAUCUGGCAACAGUACAGACAGAGGCUCAGUCGGAAUUAUCUCCAGCUACUUCUGCUGGGCAGCAUUAGAUAAGAACCGCCACUGUGUAUUGCACCAGACGGAUGAUUUAUCAAGUCGAGGAGAGAUUCUAUUAUGUGAGGUGUGGAAUAACUUUGUUACGGUGUUUAGCCAUACGACGUCAUAGCUAGCGAUGUCUAUCAUUAGAGGUGCUGCGACUGAUCCGGUUAAUGUACAACGGAUUGGACACUGAUACAAAAAAAAAAAAAAAGAAAUGGAACCCAACAUCAGUGGAAACGGCGUGUCGGCGUUGCCAUCCGGUCGUUAGCAAAAAUAGGUCUCACUUUUGUUGUGCUUUUCUUUGGCCUGCUGUCAGUUCAGAGUAGCAUCUCCUUUCUUAUGUGGAAGCCAAAGUUGUUUGUUAAAAAAUAAAAAAAAUAUUCAGGGCCUAUGCAUACAUUAUCUUUAAUUUAUUAUUCAUGACUUACAGGAGCUGUUUGAAGGUGAAUUUAUAGUCAGCAGAUGUAGCCUGAGCGUCUAAAUGUAUAUUUUGGGGGAAUUCUGUCUCUUUCAAAUCACUGUAAAGUGUUUUUUUUUUCCUCUUCUUUGUCAGACAAGCCCAGUGAAACAAAAUGCUGAGGCUUUGAUGCUGUUUGCUCCUCUUCCCUUUGUAUUUGCACUUGAGCUGACCUUUGAUAGCCGGCGGCUUGCGUACAUGAGAGCGCAUAGACGAAGGGGAAAUUCAUAAUAACUCACCAAAAAUGACGCGCUGUUUUUUUUUCCCCCGCGAUGCCAAAAAAAUGACACCUAUGCGAGAGCUCACGCGGCAAUUAGGUCAGCGCUCGCGAAGCUCCUGUCUGGUUGUGUCAUGAAAGUGUUACCAGAUGACGUCGGUGAUGUGCUAUUUACUCUUUCCGUGAACCGAACCUGUGCCUCACCUGAACGCGUGUCAUUGUGAGGACUUCACUGAGGGGGGCAAAGAGAAGAGGCUUGUUCUUUAACUUAGAAAUACAGUAAUUACAAUGCUUCUGUCAAAAUCUGUCACCUCUGAUUGUUCACAUGUUGAGUUACUAUUUACACAUGUUGCCACAAAGGAACACCAGUUGCGUGUGUCUGUGUGUGUGUUCUCAAGUGCUAAGAAGAGUGUUAGGAAUCCGAUGUUCCUCGAGCACGACACGUGGGGGUGUUUGUGUUGAACAGCAGCCUCUCCUUGAGUCUAAGGGGCGGGGCUUAAAAUGCAAUGAGUUGUAAUGACACUGUAAAAUGAACAACGGUAACCCAAGAGUAAAUGCAGGUAAGAGAGUCAGUAGAAUUGAACUAGCAAGUCAAGUGCAUGUAAAACACCCAAAACCAAUUAAAUUAAAUUAAAGCAAACGUUUCAUAGUUAUCAAAAAAGAACAUUCCUUCCCUUUUUCCCCGCGUUUGUGUUUGCUCAGAGGAAAAAAA